CUUCUCUUUACCCUCGCUUUUGAUAGCUUUCUCAAGAUCUUCAUCUGUUACAAAAUGUCAUCCGUCCUCGCUGCUUCACGAUCAAGUGCCCACGUGCUGGCUAAGCAAGGUCUCACAUCGACCAGACGAAGCCUAGCCAGUGUUGCCAUUCAUAAUCCUUCAUCUGACUCGAAUGAGGCAGCCAAGUUCUCGUGGUCAAAGGCUCAGCCAUUCGAGCACACUCCCUGGAAGCAACCUCCCAAGACAAAGGGAACGAUCCGUUUCCUGGGCCCGACUAAGGAUGGCAAAACAGCGAUGUUGAAUUUCGAAAAGGGUCGUGAACAUGAAACCAAUUUCGGUCCCAGCCUGGAACGACAAGUCGACAUCACAGAUCUUCGCCACUUUGAGCCACGAACGAGCCUCCGUGAUGAGGGGGUCGAGUGGGUGCAUGCCCCCAGCAUCCUUUCUGAAGACAAACUUCUUGCAGCCCCUGGCGACGUCGAAGCUUUCGUUCGUGGCCCCUACUUCGAAGAGUGUGCUCAGAUCGUCAAGGACCAGACUGGCGCAUCCAAAGCCAUCCCAUACAACUUCAGACAUCGUCGUAUCGAGCAGAACACCAACAUCAUGGACCCCUAUAAAUUUUCAAACAAGCCGUUGCCCAACUUUCACAUGGACAACGACGCUGAGACGGCCGAAGCCAACCUUCGUCGUGUUCUUGGUGAGGAAGAAGCACAACGUUGGAUCGGAAAGCGUUGGGGUAUCGUCAACCUCUGGCGUCCGGUCGGAGAUGUCGUGCGGCAGUGGCCGCUCGCCUUAGUUGAUUCAAGGACAGUUCAAUAUGGCCGGGAUACUGUGCCGAUCAUCACCAAGCACAACUACAAGUCCCAUUUCACGGCUCUGAGGCCGCAAGAGCACUUCCGUUAUUACUAUGUCAGCAACCUUGCACCGGAUGAAGCUUUGUUGUUUGUCGACUACGACUCAGCACAGAAGGGUCGUGAGAAUGUUGUUGGAAUGGCUCAUGGUGCCUUCGAGGACCAUAAUGCUCCGGAAAGAUAUCCACGUCGUCGUUCCAUUGAGGUUCGAAGUCUUGUUCUGUACGAGGAUUAGAUUGAGCACAUAACAAAUGAAUAUAGAACCAGCAAGACGACUCCGGCCUUGUUUGUAUGGUCUG